AGUUCAAUGCCAAGUUCAAUUCAGGCUUUUCUCUUUCUCCACUUCCCGUCCCCAGCAUGCACAUGGAACGGGAGAGACUGCACGUUGUCCAUUCACAUCGAGAAGGGUUUCACCAUCUCCACCCUGGAGCCAGGCCUCACCAAAGUCAUUCUGCUGCAGCAGCCUUUUGAGAGGCUACAGAUGUCCUCAGACGACGGGGCCAAGAUGCUUUACUUGGACUUUGGCAGCUCAGAAGGAGAGAUUCAACUAGAUCUUCAUUCCUGCCCCAAAACCAUUGUCUUCAUCAUCCACUCAUUCCUCUCUGCCAAAGUGACCCGGCUGGGGUUGCUGGCAUAGGGACACAGGGCAGAAUCUGGAGAGAGGCAAGACUCCAUGUGAUCUAUGCACUACGGCUAUGCCUUCAUGGCCAAAGCACAUUUUUAAGAACGCCAUUACAGACUGGAACAAGGACAAAGGUUGUCAUGCAUCCAAAGCCAAAGGAAGCCAGUAGACUUCCCGGACAACUGAUGGAAACUCACGGACAGGCAACUGCCUUGCCACCCAAGUCCCAGGAUGGACAGCCCAUGCAAUAAAAAUGCUCCUGUAAAGUUGCCCAUCAGCACAUGAUGUUCCUAGAAAAAGAAAGAAAGAAAAACCACCACAAGCUUGGAAAAUAUGAGACUGCUGAAGAUGUCAUACCAACCCAGUUCUGCCAUCACAUUAGUGCCUUGAAGAUGAUAUUUUAUACAUAAAUAUAUAUAUUAAAAAAAUGUUUGUAUCAAGGUUUUAUAUUUAUAUAGCUCAGUUUAUGAACCAUAAAGGGAUGCUUACAGUGUU